UACUAUAAUCGUUUCUCCAAAGAAUAAAAGCUAACCCAGAAACUGCAUCAACAACACGCCAACAACUCCACUCUCCACUCACCUUAACCCAUCCACAACAGCACUGCUGCACCGUUACGGCUGCGCAGCGCCCUAAAAAUCGUACACUAAAUGAUCGGCACGGAUGAGAUGUCAUCCACUGGCAUGGAUAUAAGUGAAUCCUUUCGUCCGGAGGAUUUAACAAAAACGGAUUUUUUCGAUUUCGUCACAGCGCCCGAUAUGGGCAUUGGUAUCGGUGUCGGCGCAGAUGUGGUCGAUAUCGGUAGCAUGGGUGUGGGCAGUUUGCAUGCGAGCAGCACGAGUAGUGGCACACAUCAGCAGCAACAGCAGCAGCAGCAGCAGCACCAUCACCAACAACAUACACAUCAUCAGCAUCACAGUCAUCAUCAGCAAUCACACAAUCAUGAGCAAAGCAACAGUUUGGCAGGCAGCAUGCCACAUGAUGGCGGUGGUGGUGGUGGUGGUGGUGGCAGUAGCACAGUUAGUGGGAGUAAUUGUGUCGGUGGACGUGUUGGCACGCCGGGUAAUGGCAGCAGCUGCAUAGAUGGUUCGGACGGCAACAGCAAUGGCAAUAGUAGUGAUCCAACCUUGCAGGGCUAUGAGUUUUGGCACACGGACAAAGAUCCCACCAGCCGCUUGGAUGCCACCAUCUUCGAGGAUCUCGAUCGCUACUGUUGGCAGCAACAGGCCGUCGCGACCGCAGCGACAUCACCAGUCGCUACAACAGCGAAUCAGCAUCAGCAACACCGCAGUACACCCGCUAACAGUAUACAGCAUUCCUCGCAUCUGCAUAGCCCAGCAUCGCCAAAUCAAACGCAUACACACCAGCAACAACAACACAUGCAUCAUCAUCAGUCACAUAUGCACUCGCAACAACAACAGUCAACUGCCAUGCAUCAUACACAACGACAAAUGGCGCUAAACAGUAAUAACAGCAACAGCAACAGCAACAACAACAACAACAGUACUAGUUCCUGCGCACAAAGUGCCAAUCAAACGACAAACAACAAUUCCACAAAUCCAAAUAUACUCAACCACAACAGUAACAAUAACAACAACACCACAAACAGUAAUGGCAGCACGACUAUGACGGUGGAUAACAGUGAUGGUCAAAUUUACACAAUCACAGUAUUAAACGGCAAUGAGCCAUGGCUCAAACGUGAACCCGAGAGUACCGCCAAUCAAUUGUCCAACGCACUGGAUUUGGAUAGCCUACUCGGCACCUUUCCGGGUUAUAUAAAAUCAGAGUAUCCAUAUGAUGAGAGCUCAGCCAGUUAUGGCACCGGCGAUGGUACCGGCAGUGGCCGAGAAGGCGGUGGGGGUGGUGGUGGUGGUGAUAUGGUGAAUGGUUUGAGUAUGACUGCGAAUGGAGCUGGUGGUCUGCAUGGCGGUAGCAGUGGGAGUGGUGUAAAUAGUCAACGAUUACCCUCAUUGGUGACGGCCAUAUCGCUGGCGAGUGGCGGCAUUAGCGGUAUGGGUGGUGGCGUGGUGAGUCCAUCGUCUGCGCAUACGCAAUUGGCGCAAUUUCAAAAUAACAACAACGAUUGGCAUAUGGCGGAUCAUAAUGCAGAGCAGAAUUCCGCUGAAUCUCUGCUACGUAGCGCUCUGCAAGGCAAAGGUUACUCCAAGGGCUUACAUAUGCAUAAUGGCAUUUCAUUGCUGCCCUCUUCGCCCACAGUGAAGGAAGAGGAAAUGCGGCGGCUGCUCUUUCCGCCAGAUGCGGACACACUCACCUUCGGCGAUUCUGCACUGAGUGCGGCACAAAUUUUCGAGGACGCACAUCCCUCCCAUUUGGUGGGCAGCCAACAUCCGAACGGCGCUGCCAAUAGUAGUGGCGUGUCGAGCCUUAUGGUCGAUGAUAUGUUCCUAUCGCUAGAAAGUGCCUUCAGCGACGACUUUGAGAAGAUGAAACGCAUUGCCAACGAAGUGCAACAAUUCUGCUCGCCAACGCCGAGUUCGGAUUAUGUAACCAAUGAUGUGUUGAUGCAAUUGUCGCCAGCGGCUGGUGGUGGAGGUGCAGGCAGUACGAGUUUACAGCAAUUACAACAGCAACAACAACAGCAGUUGCACUCGCCAGCAACAACGCCGACGAGUUUAGCUCAACAGCAGCAGCAACAACAACAACAAAUGUCGCCAUUACCACAAACACCAAUGCAAGCGUUGCAUAUACAAAGCCAACAACAACAACAGCAACGUGUUUUGCAUACGCAACAACAACAAACGGCCAGUGGCAAGUCAACCAUGGUGACGAACAGCAGCAGCAGCAGCGGCAGUGGCAGUAGCACUACCAAAGUGACAAAGAAGUACAAGCGUUCCACGUCGAGUACGCAGCAUCACAAUAAUAACAAUAACAAUCCAAAUGUAACCAAUCACAACAGCAGUACGGGUGGUAGUAGUAGCAGUAAUACCCCCGCAGUUGGCAGUGGCAGCACUACGAACGGCGGCCCAAACGGCCCAGCCAGCGGUGGCAGCAGCUCGAGCACCAGCAGCAACAGUCCCACACACUGUAAUGGCCAGCGGAAGGAACGCUCGCUGCACUAUUGCUCCAUCUGCUCGAAGGGUUUCAAGGACAAGUACUCCGUAAACGUGCACAUACGUACGCACACAGGCGAAAAGCCAUUCACCUGCUCGCUCUGCGGCAAGAGUUUUCGUCAGAAAGCACAUCUAGCCAAACACUACCAAACACACAUGGCGCAGAAGCACAAUGGUGGGUUGGUAAAGAGUGGUGGUGGCAGCAGCGGUGGCAAUGCGAGCAAGCAUCAGCGUGCAGCAGCUGCAGCGGCGGCGGCGGCGGCGGCGGCAGCAGCCACUGCACAAACAGUGAAUAGCGUCGGUGGCGGCGGCGGCGGUGGUGGUGUCGGCAUAUCCAUUGUGCCCAACAGUUGUGCCGGCAGUGUGGUCGCGGCGGCUGUACAUCAGCGGCAGUUGAAUGUGGCAACAUCGCUGGGGCUGACUGCCAGUGCACGCGCAGUAGCUGGCGGUGUGGUAUCUUCAGUAACAGUGGGUGGGCCCUUGAGUGGGCCUACACUAGGCGCCGUUAACGCCAAUGUAUUGCCGCCGGCGAAUGGUUUGCUAGCGAAUAGAUAAAACUGUGUAUGUAUUUAUAUAUGUUUGGUUGUUGACCAAAGGAGGAAGAGUAAUUAUUACUUAUUUUU